UGGAUUAGGGCAAUCAUGGCAGCUGUGCGGUUUCAGCCCCCAACCACAGUUCUGCUGAGGACAAGAAGAGUAUUUAAGGUGAGAACCGGUAGAGAGGCUCAUCAAACCCCGAGAGGCAUCAAACCCCGAGCAAUCCACGCAUCAAACCAUUCAACUGAAAGGUCCUGCAGGAACAAACAACUUCUUUAUAUUUUUAAAGGUCCCUUGCUAUCUUCCAUUAUGAUUAAACUGUUAGGUGUUGCCAUCAUUGCAGGGCUGCUUUUCGCUGAAAGCGACCUGCUGGCCAUCGAAGCAGCUGAAGUUCAAUCAGGAACGCCCAGCAACGUGCUUCACCACAACCAAUGCUGGACAGGCUGGUUUGACAGAGAUGACCCUUCUGGAACUGGUGACUGGGAAACCCUCAAAGAACUUCGCAGAGAGAACCCAGGAAAGAUCUGCCCAGAACCAGGAAGCAUGGAGGUCACGACUCUGUCUGGGCUCAGUGUGGGCACAGCAGGGGAAGUGAUCUUUAGAAAUGACCUGACUGAUGGAUUCGUCUGCAGAAACCAGGACCAGUCUGACAGAACGUGUAAUGAUUAUCGUGUUCGUUUCAGCUGCCCUCCCCAGUACUGUGGUGAAGAAGUCACAGUGUGCUGGACAAGGUGGUAUGACAGGGACGAUCCCAGUGGAACAGGGGACUGGGAGCCUUUGAGCAACCUGAGGAGUGAAAACCCCGGACAGAUCUGUGACAACCCGCUGUACAUUGAGGCUGUCACCACUGGCAAUAAUCCUGUUCUAGCCACCAGCACAGGGCAGACCUUUCAUGUCUUCAAUCCGACUGUCGGAUUCGUUUGCCGCAACGCGGACCAGAGAUUUGGCGGUUGCCGUGACUACCAAGUUCGCUUUGGAUGCCCGUGCUUGGGAUACAACUGAGAAGAAGAGAAGAUAUUCAAUUUUUUAUUUUUGUCUGCUUUUUCUUUUCUUUCAUGCCUGAUGAAAGAUGUAUAAUGAGCUUUUUUUUUUUAAAUAAAUGAGUUGAAUGUAA